UCUCUCUCUCUCUCCCAUAAAUCCACAAUCCACCUUUCCCAUAAACCAUCUUUUCUUCACAUUACAAAAAAAAAAAACCACUAUCCCCACUCCUACAGUUCCACUUCACUUGUUUUUCCCGACCAGACUAGUCAUCUCAUAUCCUUACCAUUGAGAUUUUUGUACACCUCUCUCUCUCUCUCUCUCUCUCCAAAAUAUUAAAAAAAAAAAAAAAACAUUUUCUUCUCUUUGUCUUUGUACCCAUUCCAUCUUAUUGAUUGAUCACAAUCCUCCUCCUAUAUACUUGUUCACCUUUCUUCUUUCUUUCUUUAUAGAAGAACUAAAGAAUUCUUCCUUGAUCCAGCUAUAUAAUUCACAAUUUGAGCUCAAAAACUAUGUCACUGGACAUGAUGGCAUCCUCCGAACGUGUUUGUUAUGUUCACUGCAACUUCUGCAACACCAUUUUAGCGGUUAGUGUACCAUGCAGCAGUUUGUUCAACAUGGUGACUGUAAGAUGCGGACAUUGUGCUAAUUUGCUGUCAGUUAACAUGGGAGCUACGGUUCAAGCAGCUCCUCCGCAAGAUCCCCAGAAGCAGCACAUAAGCUCUGAUGACUGUGGGUCAUCUUCCAAAUGCAAUAAGUUUUCUGCAUUUGAGACUGUAGAGCAUGAACAACCCAGAAUGGCCCCCAUUCGCCCCCCAGAGAAGAGACAGCGGGUUCCUUCAGCAUAUAACAGGUUUAUUAAGGAGGAAAUCCAAAGGAUUAAGGCUAGUAAUCCUGAUAUCAGCCACAGGGAAGCUUUUAGUACAGCUGCAAAGAAUUGGGCACAUUUUCCUCACAUUCACUUUGGGCUAAAGCUGGAUGGCAAUAACAAGCAGGGAAAGUUGGACCAGGCAUUAGCCGGAACAGAUCAGGGAAGUCAAAAGUCUAAUGGAUUCUACUAAAGCCGAAUGGUACCCUGUGAGUAGCAUGCUAGUUCCUCUGUGCUAUGUAACUACUGAAAUUAUUAUGAGGUUGAUGAAAGUCUCCUAACCAAACAGGAUGCCCCUAUUUGAACCUCCACCAUCUUUAUUAUCGUGUGCUUUCCAUUUCUAACUGUUUGGAAAUGAUGACUGCUAUUCUUGUGAUUGCAUUUAUUAUCUUUGUACUUCAUAUCUUUUAAGCAUACAUUAUAUAUCUCAUCGAAGAAUGUGCGCUUGUUUUUUUACCAACACAA